AUGUCGUGGCGCGUCGAUGCGUCACGCGCCUCGAACCCGCCACUUUCAGCAGCUUCUUCGCCGUCUAUGGCUCUGUCGCCUUUUUCUUCGCUUUAUGCCCCGACCUUCGGCAGUGCACCUGGCGUUGCUGAGGAGGCACCGAUCCUGAGCGAGACUGCAGCCGCGGAUCUCAGCGACGUCUUCUCCGACUCUCGGGCCGUUCCUGUCUCACCUCCUGUCUGGGGAAAUUCCCAUCCGCCCCCGACAGGCAGCGCGGCGGCUCCGGAUCUGCGCGCUCAGGGCCCUCUCAGGGAUAUAUCCACUCCGCAUUCUCGUGGCUUUGCGCAGGAGCACGAGGAGGAUCUCAGGGAUUUGGCAGGCAGCCUCCUCGCCGCUGUCGAUACAGCCGCGCGGCGUUUUUCGGGUGAGAGCAGCGAGGAUAAAAACCCGCUUUCUUACGAAUCGGCGCAGGGUUUCAGGAAGCAGCGCAGUCAAUCUGUCUCCUCUGAGGGCCAAGGGAUGCCCGAAUCCGUUUCCGUGAAGAUCUCGAAUCCAAAACUAGCGGCACUCGAGGUGUCUGUACAGUCGCGGCUGCUGCCACAUGUGGAAGCGUCUUUAGAGAAUCUUCAGGCCUUCCUCGACACUGUACGAGCGGAGAAGGAGGCGACGCUCGCUGCACUUCCCGUCGGCGGGUUCUCUCAGCGCCUCUGUGCGGCAAUCGAAAGCGAGGACCACAGACUGUCUCAGUGGAAGGCAGAGAACGCCAGAAAGUUUAGAAACGGUGGAAACUAA